AGUCCUUGACUAGUCCUGGCGUUCCGUUCUUGCUCACGCCCUUGGGUUAGCCAUGGCCGGCGCUGUGGGCCGAGUUGUCCGGCGCUGCUACCCGAACGCACUGAGGAGUCCCCAGCAGGUCGCAGCACUUCAGCUGCACAUGAGUGAAACAGCAAUGGGAGCCAGUCAGAAGGACUUUGAAAGUGCGAUGAGUCAGGUGAAACGGUUGAAGGAUCCAGGAAAUGAAGUGAAGCUAAAACUCUAUGCUCUCUAUAAGCAGGCCACUGAAGGACCUUGUAAUACACCCAAACCAGGUGUGUUCGACUUAAUCAAUAAGGCCAAAUGGGAUGCAUGGAAUGCCCUUGGCAGUCUGCCCAAGGAAACUGCGAGGCAGAACUAUGUGGAUCUGGUGUCUGGUUUGAGUUCUUCCUCUGACUCCUCCAGCCAAGUGAAGCCUGAAGCAGACAGGAAACAAUCAGGGUAUGAAACCCUGGUGGUAACCUCUGAAGAUGGCAUCACAAAGAUCAUGAUGAACCGGCCUGCCAAAAAGAAUGCAAUGACCAUGCGGAUGUAUGAAGAAAUCAUGCUUGCACUCAAAGCUGCCAGCAAGGAUGACUCUGCCAUAACUGUCCUAACAGGAAAUGGUGACUACUACUCCAGUGGGAAUGACCUGACUAAUUUCACUGAUAUUCCUUCUGGCGGAGUAGAGGAGAAAGCUAAAAAUAGCGCCAUUUUACUGAGGGAUUUUGUAGACUGUUUUAUAGAUUUUCCUAAGCCUCUGAUUGCAGUGGUAAACGGUCCAGCUGUGGGCAUCUCCGUCACCAUUCUUGGACUCUUUGAGGUUGUGUAUGCGUCUGACAGGGCAACAUUUCAUACUCCUUUCAGUCACCUAGGCCAAAGUCCAGAAGGAUGUUCUUCUUAUACUUUUCCGAAGAUAAUGGGCCCAGCCAAGGCAGCAGAGAUGCUGAUUUUUGGAAAGAAAUUAACCGCUGCAGAGGCAUGCGCUCAAGGACUUGUUACUGAAGUGUUUCCGGAUAGCACUUUUCAGAAAGAAGUUUGGACCAGGCUGAAAGCAUAUUCAAAAUUGCCCCCAAAUGCCAUGAGAAUUUCAAAACAGAUGAUCAGGAAUAGGGAGAAAGAAAAGCUACAUGCUGUUAAUGCUGAGGAAAGCAGCACCCUCCAGGAAAGAUGGCUGUCAGAUGAAUGCAUGAACGCGAUCAUGAACUUCCUAACCCGGAAGGCCAAACUGUGAUGCCUGUCACAGAAACGUUAAACAUUUCAGAGGAAGGGAUGUGCUAUCAUUUGUGAUUUUCAGUAGUUGAACUGAAUAAAGUUUGCCUUUUUUCAGUGCUGAAA